AUGCCUAGUCGAGUUACAAAUAUUCUUCUGCCUAUUAUUGCGGUGAUCGUGUAUUUAUGUCUCGAUGUGUUAUACGUCUUCUUCGCGAGAAAUCGUUACGUACCAGUUAUAAGCAAUAUUCAAAAAGGAGAUCCAGUUGAGUUCGAUUUUGUCGCAGCGAUUGUUUGCUAUGCAAUCUUAGCCGUUGGCUGGUAUUUCAUUGCUGUUGCACUAGCUUUGUCUUACUUUGAUAAGCUUCAACAACGUCGACCAACAUGGACUCCAUUAGCUACAAGUGCGAUGAGUGGACUCGUUGGUGGUGUUCUAUUUGGAUUUGUCGUUUUUGGCGUAUUUAAUUUAACAACACGUGCGUUGUUCUCUCAUCGAUAUCCUUUGUCAAUUGUUUUACAAGAUAUGGCAUGGGGAACAUUGUUUAACAUGGUCUAUACAUGUAUUUAUAUGAUCAUUUGGCGACGACUCAAUGUUCCUGUGGAAUUAUAA